CCAGGUUUGCGUUUUUGUUAAAUGAUGGCAAAAGAUGGCGGCUAAACCACCAAAGCCGCCAGGAAAUUUUUUAAAAUGUUUACUAAAUCAACACAAUAUCAAUAAUAAAAAUCAACAACAGCAACAAAACAACGAAGACGACCACAUAGAAGGCAACAGUAGUGAACCGCAAUUUCUAACGAACUCAACAAGUUCAGCAACAGCAACUAACACCACAGAUUGUAAUUCUAAUACGACAACAAUUACCGCCAAAAAACAAAAUUGUAAUUGUAGCAAUAUAAGUAUAAUGCACUUAUUUCAUGAAAUGAAACAAGAAUUUCCCACUAUACCCGAUACGAUUGUAGCUCAAUGUGUUAAUGAAAAUUGUCAUCAACGUGAAAAUUGUAUACAAAUGUUAAGGAAUGAAUUGGAUUUGAAUCCAAUACCGGCUCAAAGUUAUCCUGCCAAAGUUUUGCAUCCACCAAAUAAUAAUAAUAAUACUAAUAAUAAUUGUAAUAACGUGACGGGACAAAAACCGCCAUUACAACAGAAACCUUUGGUUGGGCAACAGAAACCGCCAUUGAAACCCAUAAAACCCAUACGAACAGCACCAUUGCAACCACCAUCAACAAACACACCAACAACAGCAACUGUUCAACAAAGUAAUAAUAAUAAUAAUAAUAAUAAUAAUAAUAAUAAUAAUAAUAAUAAUACUAAUACAACAACAGGUAAACCAUUAGUUGGUGAAAAUCUUGAUAAUAUUGUUAAUGGUGGUUAUGUUGGCACGGGUGGUGGUGGUGAAGUUCCGGGGAAUAUAAUUGAAUCAAAUGAUAUGCCAACUAAGAUUACACCUCAAUAUAAACAAACCAUUUCAACGACAUCAAAUACCGUUAAUUCAACAACAAAUGAGGUGAAUAAUAAUUCGAAUAACGUUUGCGUUGGUAUUGAGGGAGAGUCGGUUGAGAGAAAUUUACCACGACAACGACCCACGACUCUCAAUUUAAAUUCGCAAUUGCAAAAACAACAGCAAGAACAGAGACAACGUUUAAAUGUGCAAUUACAGCAACGUUUUCAAGAACAACGAAACAGACAACAACAACCACAAAAUCCUAUAAUAACAACAAAACCUUUACGAAAAGCUCCCCUACCACCCAUUGCCCCCAAACCCUCACAAUAUCAUAUCAAUCACACUAACACUAAUAGUUUUCUAAAUGACUCUUCUUCACUCUCAUCGAAUCAUACAACGACGAGUCCACUAUCAGAAUCGGAAAUUUCUGUUAGUGUAUCAUUAUCUACACCGUCGCCUACAUCAUCGCCCAACUCAACAACAACUCACCACCAACAACAUUUGCAAACAAAAUCACCCAUUCGACAUCGUUCAGUCAUUACUUUACAACCGGAGCCGCCAUACACGCGUGAUUUUCUCUAUUCGCCUGUUUCGUUGCCAACAUCGACGACAACACCAUCAUCACCGUCCUUGGUAGCGCCUCCGUCUACAGCAAUACAAACAACUGCAACACCGUCUUCUUCAUCGGCUACCUCUUCGCCCACAGCCUCUGUAACUGGUUCGCAAAAAAGUUUUACCUCUGUUAAUCUCACUUUACGACCGCCUGUCUCACCCACGGGUGCCAAUUCUGCUCUACAACCCUCGACCAUAGAUAUAACUGCUGGUCCUGGUUUUUCCGGCGCCAGUGGUGGUGGUAAAAGUCUUCAUUAUUCCAGUACGUCAUAUGAUGCUCGUUUGGGUUAUCAGCAAAAUUUUCAAAUAACCGUCACCGAUGAAGGUGGUGUUUUCAGUGCUUGUCGUUUGCGUCCCCAACAGCAGCAGCAGCACCAACGCCUUCUAAAUCAACAACAAUUGCAACUGCAACAUCAAUUUCACAAUAAUAACGUGGUGGCUUUACAGCAAAACAUACAAAAUCAAAUACAAUCACCCAACAAUCAACAGAACGGCAUAGGAGGAGGUGUAAACACAUCAUCUGGUUUUGGCGGCAGUGGUGGUAUUUCAGGAAAUAUAAGUGGCAAUAUGUGUUUACCACCACAACAGGCGAUGGAUGGUAUGUUUUUGUUUUCAGUAUUACUUGUUUUGUUUUUAUUUAGUAUUUUAAGUAUUUUUUUUAAUUACACGGUUCAGCAAAAAUUUUAACUGCAGCCGGGAGAUAGAAACUAAGCAGA